UGUGGAGACGAUCAAUCUCUUUCUGCACGCUUGCGUCCUGCCACACGAAACCCGACAGUUCCCGCACAAGAUUGUGGCCAACGCCUUCAACCUAGCCGAAAGUACAGGACACACGGUGGGGUUUUCCGGAACCAAGGACAACUCACUAGUGCUGCCGCCCGCGGUGCGUCAGCACACUCUGCCUC